AUGUACCACUUUGCACAGCAAAUGCAGGAGCAGCUGCCGAGGCGGGAAGAGUUGAGCUCACGCAACCACAGCAUGACCCCGAACUUCGACAACGCUGGAGGACCCGAACACAGCAGCAAAGAGGCCCGCUCUUCGAGCCUGCUCACCUCUCCGGACCUGAACAAGUGGGAGCCGACGUCGGCCGAUCUAGAGGAGCUCUUCAAGGCUCUCGAACCACCAGGGACGCCACCGACACCGCCUACGCUAUUGCCGCUCGUCGAAGAAGGGGAGCAGUACAGGAGCGGCUACGCCAACCGGCUCCCUCAACUACAGCUACAGCAGCAGGAACAGACUGAACAGCUGCCACAACCCAUGCUUCAACAGCACGUCAGGAUGAGCCCGAACGUCUCCGACUCGGGCACAUGGCCCUCAAACACCACUUUCAUCGUACCUUCAUCGUUUAAGCCCUCGCCGACAGGCGAUUACGUGAUGGACAAGCCACAGCCGGUACCUGCUCUGGGUGCAGCAGCGCCCGAGCUCGACGAGCACGUCACGCCGGGUCCGCACAUUUCCUACUCGGGCGCAUUGACCUCGAACACCGAUUUUAUCGUGCCUUCGUCGACUAAGCCCUCGGCGACGGGCAACUACGUGAAUGACAAGACACAGGCGUUGCCUGCACUGGGUGCCACGCCGCCCGAGAUCGACGAGAUCAUCAAAUGUCUCUGUGCACAGAAGUGGCCGCUGACACCAUCCACGCUGUUCUCGCGCAGCGAAGAAGAGGAGCAGUACUCGAGCGGCUACGCCGACUGGCUCCCUCAAAUACAACGGCAGGAGCAGGAACAGACUGAACAGCCGCCGCAACCCAUGGUGACGCAGAACUCAGUGACGGGCGACUACGUCAAGGAUAAGACACAGACGGUGCCUGCACUGGACGACACGGCGCCUGUGUGGUACAUCAGCUCCGACGAGGACAGUAACGGGGGAGACAGUGCACCCCCGACGACGAUGGAUCAGGCACCGCAGCAGCAGUCGAGGUGCGAAGAUUUUAUAUCGCGCAAGUGUACCGUGACCCUCGACAAUGACAACGCUAGGCUACACCAGCACAACAGCAAACAGGCUCGCAUGCUGCAGACAUUGCCUCGACCGGCCGAUGGGCAUCCGCUAUCGCCCAUCAGCAUGCUCGACCAAGAGAAGACCAAGAUGGAAGAAAAGAGGCGUAGGAACCGAAUCGCGCAAAAAAGGUGCCGCCAGCGACAGAUCGACUAUAACUUGAAGCUGCAAGUGAGGGUCAGAGAGCUCAAGAUGGAUAUAGCUCGGAUGGAAUCCAGAGUGAGCCAUCUGCGCCACGAGCGGCACUGGCUCUGGCAGGAGGUGUCGAGGCAUGUAACGCAGGGCUGUCAGAUAUGGUCACACGCGCCCUAUGACUGCUGA